GAGGGUAUAAGUACCAGUCCGGUUUCACUUACUUCUGAGUUCCUCUUGCACUUCCCUCUAGACUCACUAUCAACUUCAACAUUAUGACCUCUGAGUCAUGGACGUCGCUAGAUUCUACUCCAGGCCGGCGCAUUUUCUUUCGCCCCCUUGGAAGUUCAGAAACUGCCCUCCAUUGGACUGGCGUUUUCAGAAACACCUCAGAUACCGUGAUGCACAUACACCUUCGUACCGCACAAGCCAGCGAUCAAGACGUUCAUUCCCAAUCGAAUAUCUUGCGUUCUUGGGUGUCUGUCAAAAAACGCUUUCCCCUCAUCGCGGCUGAAGUGGAAGAACACGAGUUUGGUCCACGCUUCAUAAUUCGUGAAGAAACAGUCAUGAAUCUUCGACCUGAUGAUGUCACAUUCACGGAGGUCAAUUCCUUUCAUCAUGCUGAAUGUUUCGUAAACGACAUUAUGGAUGGACCUCGGCGCCUUUCAUCUCAGUUGCUUACUCGUGCCUAUAUUUUGCGCCGAACAGAUAAAAGUGACCAUUUCCACGUCGUGGUUAUGCUCGCCCACUGCAUUACAGAUGCAGCUAGCACGAGCACGGUGCUUAGGUCGUUUUUUGACACACUGUCAUCUCGGAUUGAACCACCGUACAUUCCUCUAGGCGAGAGAGUGCAUAAUUUCAAGGCUUUAGAGAGCAAUCUGGCUUCUAGAGAUCUUUCACUUGUCAAAAGACGGUGGAGGCGGGCUUUGGGUUAUGCAAUUGACUUGGCACGGAUGUCUCAAUUCAAGGGCGGUCACACUCUCCCCGGAGACUUCAGGGAAUCCACACCUCAUACUUCCGCUAAAAAACGCGACCAUGUCUCAGUGUUUUCGAGAGCAGUGUCGUCAACCAUUCUCACCAAUUGCCGCCGCUAUGGUAUUACCAUGAACUCUGCGUAUUAUACCCUCAGCCAAGUUGCCAUGGCACGUGUUUUAUGUCGACGGUACCUCAGGGGUCAGAUCUCGGAAGAAGAAUGGGAGUACAGGAAGCGCCAGCCCAUGUAUAUCCUCGGGCCGGUGAACUUACGCCCGUACCAAGAUAAGGACUGGUUUGAGACGGGCGGCUCGGGCGAUGUUGGCGUCGGCGUCGGCACCGUUCAGUAUGUGCUUCCCUUCAUGCCUCUUGGUAGCAUGUCUAGGGGAGACCCUAACAGGUUGGAACUUGUUGAUGGGGCACCGGACUUCCCGGAUCUCAUGUCUUUCAACCGGUUUCUUCUCCGAUGUGCUAAUCUGAAGGCGCAAGCCCAGAAGCUGCUCGGGCACCCACGGUUGGUUGACAUAUGUAAUUCCACUGUGAGACUCUAUUUGACUCCUUCCGGGAGGGAAAUCGCUUCGAAGCGAUUGAAGACGAGAGACAGUGUUCAGCCAGAGGACGGCGGUAAAAGUGUAUCCGUUCAGUCUUUGAACCCGAUACACACACAUGUGGGAGCCACUCUCGGCAAUAUGGAUCAUAUGUUGCCCACAGAAUAUCCUCUGCCUCCCGAGCACUACCUGUCACCGCUGCACAGCACGCCUCACGCCCAUCGGGCCGGUUAUCCACCGUGGUCACCGCAGGCUGCUGCUUUCGAGGACGCCAAAACACCGCGACUCUAUGUUGAGUAUUGGCGUGUCCAUCAACACUCAACGCCUGCCAAGCUGUAUCUUGGUGCGUCAACUGCGCGCCAGCAGCUGCAAUAUUUUGUCUUCUACGAUCAGCACGUCUUUAGCGAAAAGAUUGUCGCGGAGUGGGUGAGUGAGUUGAAGGAUGCGACGUUGUGGUAUCUGGGCCAGCCCCAUGGCAAUGGAACGCCUUUAGUACAGAGCAGGUUGUAG